UGCCGCGUAUUCGGAACGCUCCUCGCGCAUCCGAGCCGGUUUCGAAACCAUUUUCAAAGCCAUUUUCGAACGGAGUGCGCGAUUCGCUCAUUAAACCCAAAUGGGUGUACAAUAAAAGUUUUAGCCCCUGCCAUUGAAAAGUGUGUGCUCUACUUAUUCCUUUAUUAUUUCCCCGAAGUCAUUGUCAUCGGUUGCCGCGAGGUGUGAGUGCCCGAGUGCGUCGCUUAAAUGCCAAUUUAAGUGGCAGGCGUUUAAUCAAGUCAAGUCCCAGUCUCCGACGCCGCCGGUGUCACAAAAGCGAGCCGGAGUCCUUGGCAUAGCCCGCUCAUCCCCUCCAUUCCUAGGGAUCCGCUCCCCGCGCACAUUCACAAAAUUCCCAGUUAAAACAUAGCCAUAAAUUAACAACUAAUUCAAUUAACUGCUGACAACGUCAACGAGCGCCGCCUGGCUGCAGCGGGAUCCUGGCCUGGGAGAAAAGCCAGGAAAGUCGGGAGCCGAGCACUGCAUCGCCGCAGGAUAUGCGGCGGGCUGCCUAGGAGGAAUUCCUUGUGCCAACCUCCUCCUCCACGCGGACGCAGUGCAUCAGUCGAAGGCAGCCAUGAGCGAGCAGAUUGGCAACGGCAACAGCAGCCCCAACGCGACCUUCAGUGGGAGUGGCAGCAACGCCGCGUCCAUCGCAGAAAGUGUGGCGGAGAGCGGUCCGGACUUUGAUGCACUUCGGGCCGCCUGCGAAGCGCGGCUAAAUGGGAGCGGUCAACUGGCGGGCUCUGCAGGACCCCACUGCGCCGGCACCUUUGAUGGCUGGCUUUGUUGGCCGGAUACGGCCGCCGGCACUUCCGCCUACGAACUCUGCCCGGACUUCAUCACGGGAUUCGAUCCAGCAAGAUUCGCCCACAAGGAGUGUGGCCUCGAUGGCGAGUGGUUCAAGCAUCCGCAGACCAAUAAAACAUGGUCCAACUACACAACCUGCGUAAAUCUCGACGACCUCGAGUGGAGGCACAGCGUAAACCUGAUCUACGAGGUUGGCUACGGCACCUCGCUGCUGGCCAUCCUGCUGUCCCUGGGCAUAUUGGGUUAUUUCAAAUCCCUGAAGUGCGCCCGCAUCACGCUGCACAUGAACCUGUUCGCCUCCUUUGCGGCCAACAACUCGCUUUGGCUGGUUUGGUACCUGCUGGUCAUGCCGAAUACGGAGCUGCUGCACCACAGUCCGAUGCGCUGCGUGGUCCUGCACAUCACUUUGCACUACUUCCUGCUGUCCAACUACUCGUGGAUGCUCUGCGAGGGAUUCUAUCUGCACACCGUCCUGGUGGCCGCGUUCAUUUCCGAGAAGAGGCUGGUCAAAUGGCUGAUCGCCUUCGGCUGGGGCUCCCCGGCCGUCGUCAUAUUCGUCUAUAGCAUGGCCCGCGGUCUGGGCGGCACGCCCGAGGAGCAUGUGCACUGCUGGAUGAGCCAAACCGACUACGACAACAUUCUGGUGGUGCCUGUGUGUAUCUCCAUGUUCCUCAACCUUUUGUUCCUGUGCAACAUUGUGCGCGUGGUCCUUCUGAAGCUGAAUGCCCCGGCCAGUAUUCAGGGCAGCUGCGGUCCAUCGCGAACCAUUUUGCAGGCCUUUCGGGCCACGCUGCUUUUGGUUCCUCUGCUCGGCCUCCAGUACAUCGUAACGCCCUUUCGUCCUGCACCCGGACAUCCCUGGGAGAAUACAUACGAAAUCAUCUCGGCGUUUACGGCCUCGUUUCAACAACCCCAGCUCAUUAGAUCCGGGGUCUUUCCGAAUCAAUAAUGAAAGUACACGCCAUGUGGAAUUUUCGCCAUUGGCAUUUGGCUUGGUCACAGCAUAUUAAAUUGCUGGCCGAGAUUGGAGCAAAACAUCCCCUAGAAAAAUGUGGCAAGUUGAGCAUGAAAUGCACUCCAGGACGCAGGAGCUCGUAAAAGCAGCUCGAGCUUGACCCCCGGCCAAGUCAGUCCCGAUAGAGCGGCAUUUACAGUCAGUUAACAUAUUCUUCCUGGCCGCAACUUAAAGACAACGCAGGGAAACUUUCAUCGGGCAGAUACAUUCGCAUCUUGAGGUUGAGUCCCCAAAGAAUUUUGUCACACUGUUGCUCUAUUAAAUGUUUUGCAGUUGGAGUUUAAACAAUAUGUAUCUGCCAAGCUCCAUUUCUGUGGAAGAUAAAGUUUUUUAUUUACUGAAAAUUUUUUAAAAAAAGAUUAUAGCGUUAACUUAGAUAGAAAAUUUAGCUAUUAAUAUAUGUGUAAUUUUCGAUUUUGAAUUGUGUAUUUUAAAGAUUUGGACAUGGUCUGAAAAUGUAUAUCUCGUAAAAUAAACCUAUAUCGAGGUCAAAUUUAAUCAGCUUAUAGAGGUACACUAGCUAGACAUCUUCAAAUACCUAUUCAUGAGCAGCCCUAAAACAAAAGAAAAAUCCAUUAUCUUGCGAAUAAACAUUAAAUCUUCUCGGGUGUGCCUAAGCCGCAGUCAGUAACUAAACAAUGUCACCUCUGCCUGAGCCACUUUCGUCGGUGUCAAUCGAUUGAUGAAAUCUUUUAUUCGCGAGCUGAAAUUUUAAAGCCAGCCGCCAGGGACUUUCUUUUGCUUUUUCCAUUGUCUUGUUUAUUUAUUUUUUAUAGCGCUGCUUCCUGUUGCCUUAUUUGCUGCAAAGAUGGCAAAGUUUUCCCGCUGAACUCAGUGGUUGCAUAUAAUUUGGAUUUAUUGUGGCAGCCGCGCUGAUGAUGUCGACAGUCGUAAAAGAUUCCCCGCAAGUUUUAAGCUCCGGAAAGAAUACCAAAUAAUUUUGAGUCGGGAACAGGGGAUUUGCAGUGCAGGGAAAUGGAAAAGCCCGAAACUACUUAGCCAGCGAUGAGAAUUUAUACGCAUGUAAACGUGUUUAUUUGGUUGUUUUCGUGCCGAAAUCAGAAACUUGCUGCAAUUGCAAGCUUCCCACAGAGAUUUUCCUCUGUUUCCGCCGGGGGCUUAGGGACAUUCGUAUUUAACAGAUGUGCAAACAAAACACGUUCUACUUUAAUUGAAUUAAAAACUUUCGCUUGGCAGAAAGCUAAAGUGAAAAACAAACGUCAGAUGUCAACAGAAUAGUUCUACUAAAAUGGCUUGGAAUGCUCUUAUAGUCCUUACUUCUUUCCAAAUAUUUUAAUUCAACUAAUUGACUUUCAUAAGCUUUUCAGUUGGCUGGGAGAAAUGGUUUUUUGAAAAUUAAAUUAAGUUAGUAAUGGCCAAGUCUGUAAUUAAGCGAGAGUAUUUGGACAGCUUUAGGAAGUCCCAUGAAAAUAUAUGAAAAAACAUUAAUCCGCCAACUUUUUUGAGAAGCACUUUUAAUAAAUGACUAAAACUGCAAAAAAAACAAAGAAGAAUAGUUAAAACGGAAGCUUUAUAAAUGGGACAAAAGAGAAGAAGAAGACAACGCAGCAGGGCAGCAAAAUAAAUGAAAAAAUUGAAUACACCAACGUCCUGUUCACAUAUUGGGUGGGUAUUGUGCUCUACAUGCAGUACACAUUGUCCAUCCGUUUUGUGGUCAAGCGUUUUCCGGAACCCAAGCAACUAAACAGCAACAAACUAUAAAGAACAGGAACAGGUUUACAUUACAAUGUGUGCAGAAGCAUCAUAACAUAACAGUUUUAGUUUCAGAAAUAGCAAAUAACCCACAUGCAAGAAUAAGUGCUAACUUUAUGAUUAUAAAUUUUGAAAGUAAGUAACUGCAGAAGUUUUUGGCCUCAGCAUUACUGCAAUACUUUCGAGGAAUAAUAAGAUCCCUUUAACAGCCUCCAAAUUUGCGACAUAUUUUUUGAACAAGUUGGUAAAAUUUAAAAUGUUUGACCAUUUUUGAUGUUAGGUAUUUUAGAAACACCCCUGAUUGUGAUCGAUUUAGUAAAAUCUAAACGCCAGCCUUUUAUUUGCAGGUCUUCAAAAUAAUCUAUGUGCCUUAAAGGUGAAGGGUCAAGGAUCAGGAGCCUAGAGCUUUUCGUUACCUCGACAAAGCCGUCUCUUACGAAAAUUAAAUAUUUUUUACAUAAUUUCUAUAGCCCCAGUUCCCAUUUGCACCCUACCAGAAAUCAGAUUUACCUUUAGUAAUUAUAUGAUUUCACUGCAUAUUUGCAUACGACACCAUUCUCUUAUUCCAAAUCUGUGUAUGCUAAAGCAGAUAGUAAAUUGCAAUAUGUAUAUAUAUAAGUAAUACAAGAAAAUUAAUUUUAACAUUACUUAUACUGACAUUAUAAGUAAGACCGUCAAUUUGAACAAAUCAAAAACUUUUAAAAACGAUAAGGUAAAAAAAAGUCACCUUGCGCCACCAUUACUCGGUAACUUUCUCCAGUUUUCGAAAUAUUUUAAAAAUUAUGUUUUGAGUAGAAGAAAGUCCACACAUCCAUGUAUCGACAAUCAUUUUAAGUGGAACUGAAGUUGUUCACUUGCAAUCAAACAACAAAUGACUUACUUGCAAUAUGCUGUGAGGCAACUAUCCCCAUUUUUAUUAUGGAAAGGCAGGCAAAAAUGGAGGAGUAAGUGGAUGGCAACUGUGGCUGAUUGAGUCCAUGAUGGGCCUCCGUGAGUAGUGGCAAUCAAAAGAAGCCCCGCUCCGAACUGCUAACCAGAAAUCCAGGCGGCGGUCAAUGCACGUACCCGGCCAUACAUUAAAUAUUUACAUAUAUAUAUGGCCCACACAAAUGCCGGCUGCGACAAUCAGGCUGAAAGUGGCAAGACAAAUGGCAAACAGUGGGAUCGGAUCGGGAAGGACCGACGAACGAAGGACUCACGGCUCGUUGAAGUGGUCGUCUGACAGGCGAAAUGAAUACCGAGCCAUUUCGGUGGAGGGGCGGGGGAAUAACCAAAGGAACAAGCAAAAUUGUAUUAUGUUUUGUAUUAGGUCCAACUGACGACCAACAAGAAGGGAGCGGUAGGAAACAGCAUGUAUCGACUAUUUGUAUACCUUGGAAAAGCAUUUGUUGUAUGCAAAGUAAGUACAGUGUUAAUGGGUUUGCUUAACACACAUUAAAUAGGGGUUCCAAAAAGUCACUAGGGCUUUAAAAUGACUUCCCCUUAAAGUAUCCAAGAAUGUUUUAAGUCAAAGUAAUUUAUUCCAUUACCUCGUUUAGACGAGAUACCAAGACAACUGAAUGGGCAAAGAUACCAAAUUAUGAUACCCGCUUGCAGGGCCAGGGUACAAAAGGGACCAAAGUAAUAGGCAUUGUAAUAAGGACAACUACGAUAAGCCCCGGCGAUAACUUGGUCUGCGCGCUCACUCUAG